AUGGAGUUGUUGUUGAAUGAGCCGCCCUCGGCGUAUACCACGUUGGAGACGGCGGUGAAUGUGGGGUUCGUGAAUGGUGGGCAGGGGGUGCGGAUGCGGGAGUCGAUGAUAUGGCGGGACCGGAGAAGGCCAGGCGCCCUGAGCAUCAAGGUCCGCAAGGGCUACUGGCCCGAACACACCUACACCGAGGCCGACUGGAACCCGGAGACGUACGAGCAGGCCAAGACCGCCGACGGGCCUACGGCCUACUGCGCCUCGAAGGCGCUGGCCGAGAAAGCCGCGUGGGAGUUCGUGGCGCGCGAGAAGCCCAAUUUUAGCCUGUCGACGAUCUGUCCCCCGAUGAUCUACGGGCCGGUCGAGCACCACGUCGCGAACAUGGAUCGCCUGAAUGAGAGCGCCGCGGACGUGUACCGGCUCAUGAACGGGAGUCUGAACGAGAUCCCCCCGACCGGGUUCCCGGCCUGGGUCGAUGUUCGGGACGUGGCGGAGGCGCAUCUGCGCGCGUUUGAGGUCGACGGGGCGGCUAAUGAGCGGUUCUUUGUGGUUGCCGGCAAUUUUGAUUACGCGCAGGUGUGUGAGAUUCUGAGGACCAAGGUCCCUGGGAUUGAUACGGCGAAGGUGCCUGAAUGUAAGGCGGCGCGGGAGGUGCCCCAGGUGUAUGGGGUGUCGAAUGAGAAAGUGCGCACGCGGCUGGGGAUCGAGUUCUAUUCCUUGGAGGCAAGUAUCAAAGAUACGGCAGAGUCUUUGUUGAGACUCGAGAAGACGCUAGGGCAGUGA